GGUUCGUGAAGUACUUCGCUGCCGGAGCCAAUCCAGUUGCUGCCAUUGGUUGUAAGUCGUCACGUGGUUAUCCUGAAAAUGGCGUCUCCGAAUGGAGGAGAGGAUUUUGAAUCUUCUUUGUUAAGCUUCGAGAACUUGGACAGAGCAUCACCAGACUUGUGGCCAGAGCAGUUGCCUGGAGUUGCAGAAUUCGCUGCAUCGUAUAAAAAUCCCAUCACAAACUCACCCCCAAAGUGGAUGGCUGAACUGGAGAGCGAGGACAUUGAAAUGUUGAAGGAGCUGGGCAGUCUGACCACAGCCAACCUGAUGGAGAAGGUCAAAGGACUUCAGAAUCUCGCUUACCAGCUGGGUUUAGAGGAGUCCAGGGAAAUGACCAGAGGGAAGUUCCUGAACAUAUUGGAAAGGCCCAAGAAGUGACCAUGUGUUUUUCAAGCAACAGGACCGACGUUUAAGAUUGCAAAGCACUUCAGAUAUCUCUGCUUUAACAUUUAUAGACAAAUCUUUGCAUUCAGUUUAACUGGUGAACCCUCACACCUCUCAUCCUCUAGAUGCCUUUGCUUUUUUUCUUUCCUUUUCACUGAACUUUCCUCUUACUUCCAAAGUUUGAUUAAAUUAAAUGCUCAUUAUUUAUUUUAAAGAUGAAUUGCCUUUUUGUAACUCCUGAACUUGUAAAAUAAAGUUUUAAAGUGAAAAGAG